UCGCAGGACGUCCUCAUGCCUCAAGCCGUGCGCGUUGACGUCAGCGGGAAGAAGUCGCGCAUGCGCAGUGGCAGUCGGCGGCCGGCGUCGAAGAUGGCGUCGUUUGGAGGCGGGAAGGUGAAGCAGGACAUGGCGCCUCCCGGAGGCUACGGGCCCAUCGACUACAAGAGGAAUUUGCCCCGGAGGGGACUCUCCGGCUACAGCCUCUUUGCCAUCGGCAUCGGGACCCUCCUGUUCGGCUACUACAGACUCAUGAAGUGGAACCGGGAGCGGAGGCGCCUGGCUAUCGAGGACGGGGAAACCCGGGUGGCUCUCCUGCCGCUCCUGAUGGCCGAAGACGACCGAAGGACCCUUCGCCUCCUGCGGCAGAAUUUCGACGAGGAAGCCAAGAUCAUGAAGGACGUUCCCGGCUGGCAGGUGGGCGAGUCCCGCUACCACACCACGCGCUGGGUUCCCCCCACGGCCGACGAGCUCUUCUACCUCCACCCGUCAAGCGAGCAGGACAACGCCAAGUUCGGGUGCCAGUUUUACGUAUGAAGGGGCGGAAAGAACCCCAUAUAUAUAUAUAUAAUAUGUAUACAUUUCCAAAUAAAACAACUUCCUGGUUC